CUCUCCACCUGCUUCUUUACCUUAAAUUCUCCCACCUAUAUAAACUCCUCCCACAUCUUCUUUUAGUUCAUCCACACUCAUCUCUUCCCGCAAUUUUCUCCUUUAUCAAACAUCUCAAAUAUGGCGAUAAACGGCUUUUCCUUAUUGGCACUUAUGGUCGGAAUCUACUACUUCGUCACCAAUACCGAUGCCUUCACAGCUUCCGGCUGGAGUCGGGCGUUCGCCACCUUCUAUGGAGGCAGCGAUGCUUCCGGAACCAUGGGGGGUGCUUGUGGGUACGGCAACUUGUAUUCAUCUGGCUACGGGACUAGAACUGCAGCAUUGAGCACGGCACUGUUCAAUAACGGGGCGUCGUGCGGGCAAUGCUACAAGAUCAUAUGCGACUUCAAAGCUAAUCCGCAGUGGUGCAAGAGAGGCGUGUCAGUGACCGUCACUGCCACAAACUUCUGCCCACCAAAUUAUGAUCUUCCUAGCAACAAUGGUGGGUGGUGCAACCCUCCCCGCCAGCACUUCGACAUGGCUCAGCCCGCUUGGGAAAAGAUUGGCAUCUAUAGAGGCGGCAUAGUGCCCGUUCUCUACCAAAGGGUACCUUGCAAGAAGCAUGGUGGAGUGAGAUUCACCAUGAACGGUAGAGACUACUUCGAGCUGGUGUUGAUCAGCAACGUGGGCAACGCUGGAUCCAUUCGAUCAGUCAGAAUCAAGGGCUCAAAAACAGGGUGGAUGAGCAUGUCUAGGAACUGGGGUGCUAACUGGCAAUCCUACUCUUACCUCAACGGCCAAUCCUUGUCGUUCAUGGUCACCACCACCGACGGCAUUACCAAAACUUUCUCAAACGUUGUCCCCUCCAACUGGGCUUUCGGACAGACGUACUCUAGCCCAAUCCAAUUCUGAGCUCUAAAUGGGCUGGCAUCCCAGUUCUGGGCCGCGGCAUGCUUUUUUAUUUUUCUGAAAGCAGCCCGCCAAAAAGAAAAAUUAUAAUUGUGAAAUGUGUCGGGAGUGAGUCCAUGGACUCGGGGGCUGUAAGAAUUGGUUCAGACUGUAUUUAGCGAUUAGUUUCUUUGGUUUCAAAUGUACACAUCCA